GAAUUUAUCAUUCCUGAACAUGAACAAUAUGAUUCAAAGAAUUAUUUUUCCAGUUCUAAAUUUAAUGAAGAUUUAGAAAAUACCAUUUCUACUGUCAAAUCAGAUAAAAUAUCCUCGGAUAAUAUUUAUAAUAGUUUAAAGACAAUCGAAAAAAAAACAAUUCACGAUGCAAUAAAUGAAAUUGAUGAAAUAAUGCGUUUUGCUUUGAAUGAUGAAAGUAAGAUUGUGAAUGAUUCUUCAUUCAGAAAACCUAGAAAGAGUUUUGGGUCACGAGAAGAUUUUGAUAAACGAAUCGAAGAAAUUUUGGAUGAAAUUCUUUUUGACAAUGAGAACAAACCUCCAAACUCUUCUGCCAAUAUUGAAAAACCUACAAGGAGUGUUGUGCAAAAUGAGUCAGAUAAAUCUUCUGCUUUGGAAGAAAGUAGUGAACCAUCGAAUUUAAAUGAUGACGGCGAUUGUAGCGAUAUUGAUGAAGAGAUUGAAAAAUUGAUGAAAGAAAUUGAACAAGAUGAAUUAGAACUUAAAAUAUUGGGAAAUUCAGAAGAUAGCACAUCACCUGUAGAAAAAAUUGAGCAAGGCACUACAUCUCUGGAAGAUGAUAGCAUAAAAAAUAUUAAUCAUAAAAGUUCCUCUGAAGAUCGUUGCACCAUAGAUAAUCCUUCUGCUUUAGAAGUCGCUACGCAUGAUGGAAUCCAAAACAAUAAUGUAUCACUAAUAGCUAACGAUGAUCACAUUAUACAAGAUGAUACAUUAGAUGUAAAGGCAGAACAAUCUAUGGUACAAAAUAAAAUUGUGUUGACUCCGGAUGAGAGUGUGUUGACACAGGACGAGAAUGCGCUUACACCAGAUGAGAGUGCGUUGACACAGGAUGAGAGUGCUUUUACACAAUAUGAGAGUAUGUUAGCACAGUAUGAGAAUGCAUUGACACAAUAUGAGAGUGCGUUGACACAGGAUGAGAGUGCAUUGACACAAUAUGAGAGUAUGUUGGCACAAUAUGAGAGUGCGUUGACACAAUAUGAGAAUGAGUUGACGCAGGAUGGGAGUUCGUUGGCGCAGGAUGAGUGUGUGUUGACACAGGAUGAUAGUUCAUUGACACAAGAUGAUAGUGCAUUAACACAAGAUGAUAGCGCGUUGACACAGGAUGAGAGUGCAUUGACACAGGAUGAGAGUACGUCACAGAUGAUAAAAGAAAACAUGACAGUUGAUGAGGAAAUACUAAUUGAGACAGUAUUGGACAAUAACGAUAAUGAUGUUCAGAACAAUUUUAAUAUUGAACAAUGUACUAUACAAGAAAUAAUAAUUACACAAGAUAAAGAUUCAUUAUUUAUAGCGGAAGAAGAUAUAAACCAAGAACAGAUUCAAAAAGUAGUAGAUGUGAAUUAUAACCCUAUGAGAAAUGACCUAUCUGAUUUGGAAAUAAAAAAAUGUACUACGCAAGAAGAUAUCAUUAUAAUACAUGAUGAUAAUGUGUUGCCGUCGGUGGAUGAUCAAGUAGGAGUGUUGGAAUAUGUCACGCAAAAUAACGAUAAAUUAGAGAUUGAACAGUCCACUAUACAUUACCAAAUUGAAUUAUCAAACAAAGAAUCCUUCGCAAAUCAAAUUGAAAUAAAAGAUGAAUCUAGUGAAUGCGAAAAAAGUUGUGAUAUUACGGAAACAUUAUUGAAGGAAGUUGACCAGGAUAUAUUUAAGAAUGAAACAACUUUACAAGUCAAGGAUGUUGAGGAUCCCGAAUUAAGUUCUGAACUUCAAUAUCCUAUAGAAUCGUCUGAAGAUAACACAACGCAGAAAGAUCAUACGGACAUAAUUAGAACACUAUAUAUAAAAGUUGAUGCGUUCGAGGUUGCUGAAGAAAACGUGAAUAUUGUAGAGCCGCACAAUAUUACUUUAGAAAAUAGUGAAUUUCGUGAUGAACAUUAUAAUUUGGACUUACAAAAUAAUGUACAAAGUGUUCCAGUAUUAGAAAAUCACAUUGAGAAAGAUAAACAAAUUGAUGAAUCAAUCGAUGAUAUAAUGGAGUCUCAGGAUUAUCAAUUUGAUAAACAUGAAUUACAUAAAGAGAUUCUUGAACCACGUGAAGAAUGCACUCAUCAGCAGAUCGUAAGGCUGGAAGAUGUGUUUAUUGAACAAGAGAAACAAUACCAAUGUCAUGCAUCAAAUUCUGAAUACGGCGAUGAAAUAGCAAGAUUAGCUACUCAAAUGCUCUCAGAUAACGUUCAUGAUAAUAUUCAAGACAAUAUUCAAGACAACGUUCAAGACAACGUUCAAGAAGACGUUCAAGAUAGCAUUCAAGACAGCAUUCAAGACAGCAUUCAAGACAGCAUUCUAGAUAACAUUCAAAACAGCAUUCAACAUAACAUUCAAAACAGCAUUCAAGACAACAUUCAAGACAACAUUCAAGACAACAUUCAAAAUGAUAUGCAAGAUGAACCGACUAUUAUACUAUCCAGAGACGCAGAUAAUCAAAGUGAACAAAACUUUAAACCAGAUGAUAUCGCAGAACAAAUUGAACUUAGUGAUAUUACAGAACAAGCUAGACUAGAUAACAUCGCAGAGCAGGUCAAUUCAGAUGUUGUGGAUGUUAAAGAAUCAAUAGACGAAACAAUAACCGGGUUUGUUGAGAACGUUGAGCAUUCACCAUCAACAUUUCACGAUUCUAUAAAACACAAUGAACAAACCGAAUCUCUUGUUCUCACAUCGCAUGAUAUUGCAUCGGCAUCAAAAAAUGAUACAAAUUUAUCUGUACAUACUGAUCAAGAAAUUGCUUCGCCUAUUAUAUCAACAAUCCAAAAUGAACAUAAUGAUAUAUCAACGGUUGAUAGUUCUGAAGACAACAAAGAUAAUAAAAUUCAUGAAGAAUGUGUUAUAGACAACGAACAAAUAAAGACGCAAGUUGAUUUAGGCGUUACAAUUGCUGAAAAGAUAAAAGAACCCGAGUAUAACGAAAUACCUCAAUUUCAAACUUCAUCAUCAGAUCAUCCUAAAAAGGAUAAAGGCAAGACGCCGGUUAGACCUUUUAAUAAAAAGAAACUUAUUGAUGAUAAAAAACAUAGUGAAAUUAUGCAACAAGAUGCUUCAACAUUAGAUAUUGUAGGUAAAAACAAUAAAGACUCGGUUAAUAGUCCAGAUUUGUCUAGGGAUAAAGUUAAUCAGAACAAAUCAAAUUUAAUACAGCCAAUAAUUGCUCAUGAUUGUUCGAGGUUGGUGGAUUUAAAGGCUACUCAAUCCGAUGUAUUACCCGUAGGAAUAGCAUCUUUACCAUUAGUAAAUCAAUCAAUGGCCUAUUUGAUGUAUUAUCGAAGGGUCGUUGCAUGCCUGAUUCUUACCAUUAUAUUUGAUUUUACCGCGCCAUUUUUCCAACCUGUCAAUUUCUGGUUUGAAUAUUGCUGUUUCCCCGUAUUAGCUAUUGGGUUGUUUUAUUUAGAGGCAGGAUUAAAUAUAUUAUCAUGGGGCCUCUCUCGAAAACAUCAUCAACGAAAUGUUAUUGCACAUUGGGAACAACUGUCAUUUACCAAUAUUCCACAUCAGUUGUCAAUUGGCAUGGAAUCCUUGAAUAAACCUUUGGAUCUGUCUGAUCAACGAGAAUGUGAUUUUAAUCUAGAUAGAGCAGAGUUUCUUUUAUAUCUUUCUUCUAUUUUAUAUAAUCGAGACGAUAAUAUGGUUCAUAAUGCACACGAGACACUUACCAAAUUAAAUGCAAGGAAAAAAAAGCCAACGGACAGAGAUUUUCGAACAGUAUUAAAACUUCUUUAUGAUAGUGAAAACACAAUUAGGGAGCAGGUAGAUCAGUUUGAUCUUGACUUUACUUCUAUAUCGGAAUUGAACCAUCUUGGUGGUUGCUAUGCUGGCAUGUUUUGGUCCAAGAAAAACAACUUUAUUGUUGUGGCAUUUCGAGGAACAACUACAACCAGUUUUGCUCAAAUGUUAACUGACACGACUUUCCAACGCAUGGAUGCAAGACCAUAUCUUUUUGGUAAAGUUCACGAAGGCUAUUUCAAAUCAUUAUUUGGAACUAAUAAUGCAAAUCAUUGUGCUGCAUUAAGAAUGGCUGAUACGAUUCGAAUUAAAGUUGCAGAAAUUAAUCAAAAAAAUAAGCUUCCAGUAAGUUUAUGGAUCACUGGGCAUUCUAUAGGUGCAGCAUUUGCAACAUUAUUCUAUGCUUGGUUAAUGAAAACUCCAUCAAGUUUAGAUGAAAAUUGUAUUUUACGUGAUGCGUUCACUUUCGCAAGUCCACUUUGUGUUGAUACUGAUUUUGCAGCAGAAUUUUCUUAUUUAGCUAAUGAUCCUUUAAAUUAUGGUAAAAAUUUAUGGAGGAUUAUUACUGAUGAUGAUUUAAUUCCUAAAUUACCACCAACAUUUGAUAAUCAAACUGUUAGACGUUUUACCAAAAAAGUUGAAGUUUUAAAUAACGCUCAUAUUGGAAAUGAAGUUCGAUUUUUCCAUGAUGGUAGAAAACCUAUAUCAAAACAAAAAAGUUUAUUCGGAAAUAAUAAAUUAUUAGAACAUGGAUUAAAAUUUGAUGAAUUAAAAACUUUACUUGAAAAUGAUUCAUCAAGUUUACAAAAACUUAUCUCGAGACCACAAAGAAAGUUGGAUUGUAUCGAAAAAUCUAUUCCUAAUUGUUUCUUGAAUCACAAGUCUUAUAGGUACUUUGAAGUUUUGGAAAAGGCUAGGCGAUAUUUUGAUUUAAAUAAUCAAUAA